CUGCGAAACCUCAUCACGGACGCGUCGCAGCAGAAGCUGCUGGUGUUCGCGGGGCCCUGCGUGGAGGAGACGGGGGAGCUGAUGCUGCAGACCGGCUGCUUCUCCCUGCGGGACUUCAUCCAGAUCUUCACCGACAAGGAGGUGGGGGAGAUCCUGAGCUCCGCAGACCCCUCGGCCAAGGCCCGGCUGACCAUCAGCUGCCCCGACUUCGGGGAGUGGAGGGACUCGGGCCUGGACCAUCACAACCUCCAGGACUUCAUCGAGCUGCGCUACAACCCGGGCUGCGUCCUGCCGGAGAUGGAGGGGCUGGAGGAGUUCAUGGAGUACCUCUCGGAGUCGCUGGAGCCCCAGUCCCCCUUCGACCUCCUCGAGCCCCCCACCAUGGUCGGCUUCCUCAAGCUCUCCAAGCCCGGCUGCUAUAUCUUCCCGGGCGGGUUUUUUUCAGCGUUCUUUGCCGUCACCGGCUUCAACGUCCUGGUGAACGGUGGCUCCAACCCCAAGUCGUCCUUCUGGAAGCUGGUCCGGCACCUGGACCGCGUUGACUCCAUCCUGGUGACGCACGUGGGCACGGACAGCCUGCCCGGCGUCAACAGCCUGCUGCAGCGGAAGCUGGCCGAGCUGGAGGAGGAUCCGUCCCAGGCCUCGCAGGGCAACGGGGACUGGGCCAAGAACCUCAUCUCCCCGGAGCUGGGCGUCGUCUUCCUCAACGCCUCCGAGAAGCUGAAGGACAUCGAGGGCAACUCGCGGGUGCUGAAGAGCUGAGACGACACCCCGCACAACCUGGACAAUCGGGGCAUCCGGCCCAACCGGCUGGCCCGGGACAGCGGGCCCCGCGCGGAGCCCACCGUCCUCUUCCAGAAGAUGGGAGUGGGCCGGUUGGACAUGUACAUCCUGAACCCCGUCAAGGGCACCAAGGAGCUGGAGUUUCUCCUGCAGCAGUGGUCGGGCAACAGCUACCCCAAGGAGCAGGACUUGCCCCUGCAGUGCCUGACCUCCGUCUGCGCCCUGCUCGUCUGGCACCCUGUCAGCCCCUCCGAGAAGAUCAUCCGGGUCCUCUUCCCUGGCUGUACUCCCCAGGGCCGCAUCCUGGAGGGGCUGGAGAAGGUGAAGCACCUGGAGUUCCUCAAGCACCCCGUGGUCACCAAGAACGACUUGAAAGGGCUGUCGGUGCCCCAGCCCGAGAAGCCGCUCAAGCAGAAGAGGGCAGAGAGCAAGGAGAGCCUGAAGUCGGCUUCCAAGCUCAGCUUGGAAGGAGGUGAAGGUGGGGACCAAGGAGAAGCCAAAACCCCUGGGGGAGACGGCCAGAGCGGGGUCAGAAGAGGAGAAAGCCAAGGAUGCUCGGGCCAAGCUGGACUCUUCGCUGGAGAAGCUGAAGAGGAGAAGAAGCCGCUGAAGAAGGACGAGGGGGCUGAGGUGAAGGGGGAGGCCAAGAAGGAGCUGAAGGUGGUGGUGAAGAAGGAGGUGAAGGCUGAGACGCUGCGGAAGGACGCCAAGGAGAGCAAGGUGGAGGCCAAGGCUCCUCCUGCCAAGACCCUCGCCCGGAAGCGCUUCCAGGAGGUGGAAGAAGCCCACCUACGCCACAUGAAAGGUCUCAUCGGCUCCUACUCGCACUCUGUGGAGGACACCCACGUCCAGAUCGGGCAG